UCAAAUUUGGGGUCACAAAACGGGUCGAUUCUAAACCCCCAAAUCGAAUCUCGUCUUCACCUUUCUUCGGACAGGCGCUCUAUCCGCUCACUACCUUGCAGGAUGGCGGCGUCAGCAAUGGCAGCUCCGCUGAAUCUGCCAAUCGCAUCACCUCGUUACCGAGUUUCUUCCUUCAUUCUCUUUCCUCAGAGAAAUUUAUCUUCGAAAUCUGUGGUUUCAGCUUUGUCGGGCUCCUAUGGAGAUUCUCCUCCACUAGGUAUUGUUUAUGGGUCUUCUAGUAAAACAAGCAGGUCGCCGCUAAAGCUUGACCAGAAUGAUCUCUAUUCCAAUCCGAGCAACAGUGUCAUAGAAGCUAGAAAGAGUAAUCCACCAAUCAUGCCAGCAGUGAUGACUCCUGCUGGACCUUUGGAUCUUUCCGCAGUUCUGUUCAGAAAUCGUAUAAUCUUCAUCGGUCAGUUUAUUAAUUCAGAGGUAGCUCAGAGAGUCAUAUCACAACUAGUAACUUUGGCGACAAUUGAUGAAGAUUCAGAUAUUUUGAUGUAUCUUAAUUGCCCAGGCGGGAGUAUUUAUUCUAUCAUGGCGAUAUUUGACUGCAUGUCAUGGAUAAAGCCCAAGGUUGGUACCGUAUGUUUUGGAAUGGUAGCUAGCCAUGCUUCACUUCUUCUUGCUGGCGGAGAAAAAGGUAUGCGGUGUGCCAUGCCAAAUACCCGUAUUAUGCUCCAUCCACCCCAAGGUUCGGCUGGGGGUAUUGUCGAUGAUGUAGUGCCCGCAGUAAAUGAAGUACUUCAAUUCCGUAAUAAACUCGAUAAAAUGUAUUCUGCCUUAACCGGCCAACCUGUGGAGAAAGUAAAAUCCUACACAAACAGAGACACGUUCUUUUCUGCGGGAGAGGCCAUGGAUUUUGGUCUCAUUGAUGGAAUUUUGGAAACCCAAUACUAAAUUAAGAGGCAUGGUCGAACUCAACUGGAUACAUCCGUCUUAUGAUGUUCCAAAUAUUAUGUAGCCCUCAUAACAUGAUGUGCAAUCAAAAUUUAAUUUAAGUUGGUUACUUAUCCAGGCCUUGUCGUGUUCGAAUUUACCAUAGCUCUAGCAUAGGAAAUUCGUUGGCCGAUAAAUGUAAUUAAACCUUUGGACCUUCCUUGACCAGAAAGCUUUUAAAGUGAAAUUUAAUUGCUGUGUAAUCGCUUAUCGUAUGCCCCAUUUGCUAUCAUAUUGAAACCUUUGGUAUAAAUUCUUGCUGGGAAUUUUUAGAUUUUGACUGAUGACAUUCAGUUUGGUUCUUCUAAAUUAUUGGAUCAACAAUGAUUCAACACUAUCAGGGUUUUGAUUGGAU